AUGACUGAAACUCAUCAAACAGAACAAAUUCUUCCAAUAGAAUCCCUUUGCGAACCAACAAAAUUCAAACGAUUCACGGAGCAAUAUAAUGGUUUUACGUCAGAACUGAAAUACCUUAACGAGCUGGACGACAUUUUUCUCACCUUAAAGACAGACACAGCACAAAUCAUGGAAGAAUUUUUUUCCAAGCUAAAAACGGGGACAAAAGUUAAGAUUCCGUUUCCGGCGGAUCGUCUUGCCGAGUUAACCAAAAAUUCGAAAUACUGUUCACUUCGAUUAAAAGUUCUAAAUCGCAAAGCUCAUCUUGAUAAAGCAGCUGAUAAAGAAAACAUUCUUGAAGCUCGCGAAAAAGUAAACCAGGCAAAUUUUGACCUACAGAAUUUGCUUCAUGAGAAAGGACAUCUAAGAAGAGAAAUUGAGAAAUGCAGGGAAAAUCGUUUCACAUUUAAAGAUAUUUUGCUUAUGAACGAAGAAUUUGCCGCACGAACACCAGGGCAUUCGUCUACGCUGGUGGUUAAUAGCAAAAUGGGAAUUGACGAUAAUAAUCAAGAUGAUAGUUUCGAGAAAAUUUCCUCACAUCAUCUUACGAUACAGCGAUUCAAAAAUGAAAUGAUUGAAUGUCAAAGGUUAGAGGCGGAACGCGACGAAAAGCGUAGAAAAAAACUUUUACUCACACAAGAACUUGCCGAGAAACAAGCCAAAACAGUGGAGACUCGACGCGAAAUUGAGAAAUUCCUGGUGGCUUCUUCAAUAUUGCGCUCAUUCAUUGUGACUCAGCCAGAAAAUGAUGAUUAA